UGUGUACAGAAGGCUGUGUGCCGUCCCCGGCUCUUCCUGGAGGUUUAUUUUUAUACCCAAGGUAAAGAGUGUUCUGUACGUCUGUCUGCUCCGGCACUGCCAACGCCGGCUAAUACUUCAACUAAAAAUACUUUGGAGGAGAGAAGACAGCGAUCGGGAAUAUGGCCAUUCAGGCCGAGGAGAACUUUUACGGGAAACACGGUGAACCAAGGAAGUUUGAUCCAAAGUUUAAAGGACCCAUCGGAAACAGGCAUUGUACAGAUGUCCUGUGCUGCAUUAUCUUUGUGGUGGUGAUCCUGGGAUAUAUUGCGCUGGGCAUUGUUGCAUGGAUUCAUGGGGACCCCAGGAAAGUCAUAUACCCCACCGACAGCUAUGGGCAGUUCUGUGGACAGAAGGCUACGCGCAAUGAGAACAAGACACUCUUAAUGUAUUUUAAUAUCCUGCAAUGUGCAAGUCCUCUGGUGCUCAUCAAUUUGCAGUGUCCCACCAUUCAGUUGUGCGUUUCCAAGUGUCCGGAUAGAUUUGCAACCUACUUAGACAUGCAAGCCAACAGGUACAACAGCAGCUACUGGGAAUAUUACCGGCAGUUCUGUAAGCCUGGCUUCAACAACCCCAGGAAGUCUAUUGCAGAAGUUUUACGGGAUGAAGACUGCCCAUCUAUGAUUGUUCCAAGUAGGCCGUUUCUGCAGAGGUGCUUCCCUGACUUCUCCACCAGGAACGGGAUUCUAACUGUUGCAAACAAGACAGAAUUUAAGGACGGACUGGGAAAAAUGAGAAACGUCACACUUCUGAGAGAAGCAGCCAACCAUGUAACUGUCAUCCGACAUGGAAACACAAGUGGUAUUAAUAGCGUGCUUGACGCGCGAUCCAUCGGGAUGAAGAUUUUCGAGGACUACGCUAGCUCCUGGUACUGGAUUUUAAUAGCGCUCUUCAUUGCAAUGGUCAUCAGUCUGUUGUUCCUGAUUCUUCUGAGGUUUACUGCUGGGGUGUUGUUUUGGAUUUUUAUAGUUGGUGUUCUUGGGGUUGUUGGCUAUGGAAUUUGGCAUUGUUACUGGGAAUAUGACAGUCUGAGAGGCGUCCCGGGAUCUGACCUCACUAUCUCUGACAUUGGGCUGCAGACAGACUUCCGAGUCUACUUACAGCUCAGGGAAACCUGGCUGGCGUUCAUGAUUAUCCUCUGCAUUGUGGAAGUGAUCAUCAUACUCAUGCUGAUCUUUCUAAGGAACCGAAUCCGAAUUGCCAUCGCUCUCUUGCAGGAAGGUAGCAGAGCAAUAGGAUACAUCAUGUCUACGCUGUUUUACCCAAUCAUCACCUUCAUCCUAAUCGCCAUCUGUAUCUCGUACUGGGCUGUCACCGCCGUAUUCUUGGCUACAUCUGGAGAAGCUGUAUACAAAAUUAUGGCCAACAGGACCCCAUGCCAGUAUGCAAACGAAAUGUGUGUACCUGAAACAUUUAAUACCUCCAACGUGACCAAGCUGUGUCCAGGGGCUGAGUGCACCUUUGCAUUUUACGGAGGGGAAGGUUUUUACUAUAAAUACAUCCUGAUCUUUCAGCUGUGCAAUGUCUUUGUGUUCUUGUGGCUGGUAAAUUUCUCCAUCGCCCUUGGGCAGUGUACGCUGGCCGGUGCAUUCGCCUCUUACUACUGGGCAUUUAAGAAACCUGCCGACAUCCCUACAUGCCCUCUCUUCUCAUCAUUUGGACGAGCAAUAAGGUAUCACACCGGCUCACUAGCACUUGGCUCCCUCAUCCUGGCACUUGUACAGUUUAUUCGAAUUAUAUUAGAAUACUUAGAUCACAAACUCAAAGCUUCUCAGAAUUCCUUUGCAAGAUUUCUGUUGUGCUGCUUGAAAUGCUGCUUCUGGUGCCUGGAAAAGUUCAUCAAGUUUAUAAACAGGAAUGCCUAUAUUAUGAUUGCCAUCUAUGGAAAAAACUUCUGCACGUCAGCGAGAGAUGCAUUUUUCUUAUUGAUGAGGAACGUUGUGCGAGUUGCUGUUUUGGAUAAAGUCACCGAUUUUUUGCUUUUCCUUGGCAAAGUUCUUGUUGCAGGGUCUGUCGGAGUCCUGGCUUUUUUCUUUUUCACAAGAAGAAUACCUUAUAUUUCUGAUGAAGCUCCAUCUUUGAAUUACUACUGGGUGCCACUCUUGACAGUGAUAAUUGGAUCUUACCUUGUAGCACAUGGAUUUUUCAGCGUCUAUGCCAUGUGUGUCGACACACUAUUCCUGUGUUUUUUGGAAGAUUUAGAGAGGAACGAUGGCUCUGCCGACAAACCUUUUUACAUGAAUAAGACUCUAAUGAAGAUUUUGAACAAACAAAACACACCAGCCAAGCCUCAGUGAUGCCACCAUGACCCACAAAAAGCAUUGGGCGGUCUCUCGUUUUAAGAGCAUUAGAUCUAUGUACAGUAUAUGAAUAUAAACAUAAGGCUUGAAGACACACAUCGUAAUGAAUGGUGCUGGUGAAGACAAUGGUGCCGUGAAGAAAAAGGUCCUUUGCCUUAACCGCCUAGACCACAUGAUCUCUCACCACCGGGUGCAUUACCGGUGUUUCACAUCAUUAGAGAUGGCGUAGAAUCUAUUGUUGCCAAAUAUAUAUUUUUUUAUUAUAUAUUUUCUUUACAUUAUGUACUCUUAGCUUAUUUAAAAAGGUGAUGCUGUGUUUACUUUAAUCAUAUGGAAGCCCUUUAAAAUGGAUUUCGGGCUCUAGGUUGGGUCAGUUUUUUCAAUCAGGCCCCUUCCUUAAAUGCUGCAUAAAAGUUUAAAAUUUAACCUGUGGGUGGAACAAUAGGUACAGUAGAUAAUAUAAUUGACUCACUUUUCUUCAACUUCCGUAGUGCAGGUGGUGGUCUCAUUCUCCUGCAGAAAAGAUCCCUGGGAAUGCUGAGUAGCCCAUCUCCUGCAGCAUAGUACAGGACAAAUCUUCUUGUGUUACUCCACAUUCUCCAAGAUUUGGCCAGGAGGAUAACGUCACCCUAGCCUAGGUGGAGAAAGCCACCUAGGUCUAACUCUCACCCCCAGGAUACUAUUUAAACAAAAAUAAUAAAAUGUCGUUCUGCUUUUGGGGGAGGGGGGGGGAGAGACACCAAGAAUAAGUAGACAUUGUCCCUGAGAUGCAAGGAAAAUCAUAUUAUCUUUAUUAAACAGUAUAGAACACAGGAAUCAAUUCCUAGACCAUAGACAUCCUCUACAAUGACUUGCCUGUAAGAAAGAUAGAACUGUCCACAUUUUUUUUAACCAGUGGCACUGGGAAAAAAUAUCAUGGAAAUCCUGAUGGCCUCAACAGACCACACUUGUAUGUCGUCAAUGUAUCUAACUAUGUGAGUGAAAGAAAAACAAACAUUCUAUCAAUCGGUGACAACCUACCAAUAUCUGACCAUCCUCUUAUUUUUAUGGUCAGCUGUAUAAAGCAUUUUCAAGCGGUCGUGAAAAAAAAAUAUUUAGUCCAGUCAUACAGGUCAGUAAGGUGACAAGCAUUAAACUCCAUAAUGUAUAUUCUGUGUUUGAUCAUUGCUGUCUUUAUAUUCCAUUAAAUUCUCAAUUUUUCAUACAAA